AUGGGUCAGAGGGGCGGAGGGGCCCGACGGGUGUGGAGGGCCGGAGGGGCCCGACAGGCUUCCCUCUUCCCUCACGGACCCAGUCUCCCCCUCAAGGCCCCAGCCUCCACCUCAAGGCCCCAGCCUCCACCUCAAGGCCCCAGCCUCCCUCUCACGGCCCCAGCCUCCACCUCAAGGCCCCAGCCUCCACCUCAAGGCCCCAGCCUCCACCUCAAGGCCCCAGUCUCCACCUCAAGGCCCCAGCCUCCACCUCAAGGCCCCAGCCUCCACCUCAAGGCCCCAGCCUCCCUCUCACGGCCCCAGCCUCCACCUCAAGGCCCCAGCCUCCACCUCAAGGCCCCAGCCUCCACCUCACGGACCCAGUCUCCCCCUCAAGGCCCCAACCUCCACCUCACGGACCCAGUCUCCACCUCAAGGCCCCAGCCUCCACCUCAAGGACCCAGCCUCCACCUCAAGGCCCCAGUCUCCCCCUCACGGCCCCAGCCUCACCCUCACGGUCCCAGCCUCCCCCUCACGGCCCCAGCCUCCCCCUCACGGCCCCAGCCUCCCCCUCAAGGCCCUAGCCUCCACCUCAAGGCCCCAGCCUCCACCUCACGGCCACAGCCUCCCUCUCAUGGCCCCAGCCUUCACCUCAAGGCCCCAGCCUCCACCUCACGGCCCCAGCCUCCACCUCACGGCCCCAGCCUCCCCCUCACGGCCCCAGCCUCCCCCUCACGGCCCCAGUCUCCCCCUCAAGGCCCCAGCCUCCCCCUCAAGGCCCCAGCCUCCCCCUCAUGGCACCAGCCUCCCCCUCACGGUCCCAGCCUCCCCCCUCAAGGCCCCAGCCUCCACCUCAAGGCCCCAGCCUCCACAACACGGCACCAGCCUCCCCCUUCACGGCCCCAGCCUCCCCCUCACGGUCCCAGCCUCCCCCUCACGGUCCCAGCCUCCCCCUCACGGUCCCAGCCUCCCCCUCACGGCCCCAGCCUCACCCUCACGGUCCCAGCCUCCCCCUCACGGCCCCAGCCUCCCCCUCACGGCCCCAGCCUCCCCCUCAAGGCCCUAGCCUCCACCUCAAGGCCCCAGCCUCCACCUCACGGCCACAGCCUCCCUCUCAUGGCCCCAGCCUUCACCUCAAGGCCCCAGCCUCCACCUCACGGCCCCAGCCUCCCCCUCACGGCCCCAGCCUCCCCCUCACGGCCCCAGCCUCCCCCUCACGGCCCCAGUCUCCCCCUCAAGGCCCCAGCCUCCCCCUCAAGGCCCCAGCCUCCCCCUCAUGGCACCAGCCUCCCCCUCACGGUCCCAGCCUCCCCCUCAAGGCCCCAGCCUCCACCUCAAGGCCCCAGCCUCCACAACACGGCACCAGCCUCCCCUUCACGGCCCCAGCCUCCCCCUCACGGUCCCAGCCUCCCCUCACGGUCCCAGCCUCCCCCUCACGGUCCCAGCCUCCCCCUCACGGCCCCAGCCUCCCCUCACGGCCCCAGCCUCCCCCUCACGGCCCAGCCUCCCCCUUCGGCCCCAACCUCCCCUCUUCUUAAAACACUCAAACACACUCUGCACAGCUGCACCGCUCCGCUGCCCUAA